AUGGCGAUGGACACGGACACAAUACCGAACCUGCUGGGCGAUGCGCGGGACCAGGCGCCCGAGGAGCUGCAGGAGUACUUCAUCGCCUUCGAAGACUACUGGGAGAGGAAGCUGUGGCACGAGCUGACGGACAAGCUCAUCGACUUCUUCGAGCACCCGGAGAGCGCCAAGCAGCGGAUACCCUUCUUCGAGACGUUCAUCAAGAGCUUCGCAAACAAAAUCAACCAGCUCAAGCUUGUCACACUAGGCCUGAAUGACAAGGAGCGCCUCAAGUUCGUCAACGACCUCGCCGAGAGCGUCAACAAGCCCGCCUCACAAGACGCCUAUGUCUACGCCACAGUCGCCGCCGCCAGCAUCCAGCUGAGGUUACGAGACGAGGAAGGAGCCAAGAAGAAGCUGGACGAGUGCGAGCAGAUCCUCGACAACUUCGACUCGGUAGAGACGGUUGUGCAUGCCUCCUUCUACCGAGCCAGCGCAGAGUACUACAAGUCGAAGCACGAAUUUGCCGCCUACUACAAGAACGCCCUACUGUUCCUCGCCUGCGUCGAUCUUGCCGACCUCGAGCUCCGCGAGCGCCAGUCACGCGCAUACGACCUCAGCAUCGCCGCCCUUGUGUCAGACUCCAUCUACAACUUCGGCGAGCUGCUCCUCCACCCCAUUCUCGACUCGCUCGUCAACACACCCCACGCAUGGCUGCGCGACCUCCUCUUCGCCUUCAACCGUGGUGACCUCAGCGCAUAUGACGUCCUCUCGGGCAACAUCUCGAAGGUGCCUCUACUGAAGGAGCACCAGACCUUCCUCUACCAGAAGAUUUCUCUCGCAGCCCUCACCGAGACCAUCUUCCGCAGACCACCGCACGACCGCGCCAUGACCUUCACUGAGAUCUCGCAGGAGACGAAGGUGCAACCGAAAGAGAUUGAACAUCUGAUCAUGAAGGCGUUGAGCUUAGGCUUGGUCAAGGGUCAGAUUGACCAGGUUGCCGAGAUCGCGCGCAUCAACUGGGUGCAGCCCAAGGUCCUGGACAUGAAGCAAAUCGAGAGCAUGAGGGGGCGGCUGAAGGAGUGGGACGCAAGCGUCAACCAGUUGGGCAACUGGAUCGAGGGUGUUGGUAAGGACGUCUGGGCUGCCUGA